UCCCUGCUGGUGUAGCCGUUAGCGCGGUGGUUGUAACGGCUGUUUGAAUGGUUUAACGGCGGAAAGCAAAGCCGAACUGGGAUGCGAGAAUUAUAAAAAUCGAGUCACGUUUCACUUGAAAAACAGGAGCCACACUGCCCGGCAUUGAAAAAAGGUGAGAGGCUGAGAGAGAGAGAGAGCGAGAGAGAGAGAGGCCAUGGAGCAGCAGAGACAGAGAACUCUCUCCACAUCUGGAGAAUCGCUGUACAUCGUGCUGGGAGUCGACAAGAACGCCACGACAGAGGACAUUAAGAAAUGCUACAGGAAACUGGCGUUGAAGUUUCACCCGGACAAGAACCCAGACAACCCGGACGCAGCUGAAAAGUUUAAGGAAAUCAACAACGCUCACGCCAUCCUGAGCGACGCCACCAAGAAGAACAUCUACGACAAAUACGGCUCGCUGGGGCUCUACGUCGCCGAGCAGUUCGGAGAGGAGAACGUCAACACCUACUUUGUUCUGUCCAGCUGGUGGGCGAAGGCCCUGUUCGUCUUCUGCUGCCUGACCACGGGUUGUUAUUUCUGCUGUUGCCUCUGCUGCUGCUGUAACUGCUGCUGCGGGAAAUGUAAACCUCGGCCGCCCAUGGACCAGGAGCCCGAGUUCUACGUCUCCCCCGAGGACCUGGAGGCCCAGAUGACCGCUGACGAGAGAGAUGGCGGUGAGCCUAUUGUGAUGCAGCCGUCGUCAGCCACAGAAACCACCCAGCUCACCUCUGAUGCCCACCAAAGCUACAGGACCGACGCAUACUAGACACGCACACGCACACGCACGCACACACACACACACACAUACAGUUCACACCUUACAGUUAAUCGACAAUACAGUAUCAAACAAUAAUAAACACACACACACACACAGCUUCACCACAAUCACAGGACUGAUGCACAUACUGCACACACACACACUCAAGUUCAUCUGUUAUUUUCAUCUACAUUUUCAUAUUUUCUUUUCAUCUACAAGAUUAAUUAAUAAUACCACACACACACACUCACACACACCAGCAAACACUACACACCACCACUCACAGUCAGCGGGGGCUCAACGGCUCAGACCAAACUUUUAUCCUUUUUUGUAUUUCAAAGUUUUGUGCAGUAAGAGGAGAAGGAGGAAGAGAAGAAAACAAACACCACGUGUGUGAUCCUGUUUCUUCACAGACACACAGCAGCCAUGAGUUCAGCCAGUUUUAUGACCCAGCAUAUCAGAAACGCUUGAUAACAGGCGUUUUUCUAACAUCACGGGAAAACAAAAGCCUAAAAAUCACUAUUAAAUGUUGGGGAGGUGAUUGUUCUGUUCUGUACAUCUAAAGCCUGAGAAUGUACGUGGAAGCCGCAGAGUCAGCUCUGUUUCUAGCUGGAAUACUUUCCACACACGAUCUUCUGUGGCUGCGGGGUUGAUGGUACCAGGUUUCAGCUGCAUCAGACACAGACAUGUCCUCGCUGAGGAAACUCUGCUGGGACUUAAUCUGUGUCAGCUCUGGCUCCUGUGACCGUGACACCUGCCAGCUGACACAAAGUGCUGCUAACAGCUAACUUUUAGCUAGCAGCUAACUGAUAGCUAACAGCUAACUUUUAGCUAACAGCUAACUGAUAGCUAACAGCUAACUGUUAGCUAACAGCUAACUGAUAGCCAACAGCUAACUUUAGCCAACAGCUAACAGUUAGCUAACAGCUAACUGAUAGCCAACAGCUAACUGUUAGCCAACAGCUAACUGGUAGCUAACAGCUAGCUAGCUAACAGCUAACUGUUAGCUAACAGCUAACUGAUAGUCAACAGCUAACUGACAGCCAACAGCCAACUGUUAGCCAACAGCCAACUGUUAGCUAACAGUUAGCUAAUAGCUGUCAGCUAUCAUGUGUUUCUCCGCUGCAUCGCAGAACGUCUUUGGAAAGUCUGACAGAGUCUCUCGCUCUCAUGGUUUCCUAAGAGUGAUCACAUGGCUUCACUUCCUCGACAGCAGCAGCAAUCAGUCACAUUGUUUGUUAUUGUAGAUUCGCAGUAGUCCUCCUCCUCCUCCUCUUCUUCACUUCUUCCUUCGAUCCUCUUUCUCUUCCACACAUGAAGGAUUGAGCUCCCUGGUUCACGCUAAAAGCUGUUUGUGUGAGUCCAGUGUCAUCAGCAAAGUACAGUAACGGACACUAGUGACCGACAGACAGACAGACAGAGAGACAGACAGACAGACAGACAGAGACACAGACAGACAGACAGACAGACAGGCAGACAGAGAGACAGACAGGCAGAGACACAGACAGAGACACAGACAGACAGACAGACAGAGACACAGACAGACAGAUUGAGUCCCUUGUUUGAUAGUUUUAGUUUCCAGUUGUGUUGUGAGGAAGUGAACAUGCUGUACGUCGUGUAAACUGUAUUUUAGAUUUCCUUUGAGUUGCUCAGAAGUCUGAAGGGCUCUUUUCUUUCUUCUGUUCGUCUCGAUAGAACUUCGUUUCAUCGUUUUUCUUUUUCUUAUUUAUGUUAAUGAAGGGAGGAUAUUGAUAUCCAAAGUCUUAUCUGUUCGUGUGACAGCAGUUUUGUAGAUCAUUCAAUCCUCAUAGCGACCGAAGAGCCGUUUACAACAAUCAGACUCGUUAGUUAGUGAAUCAUUCGGCAGAAUAACGCUUUUUUAUAGUUUUGCUUUAUUUGUCGCUCACGAGCAGCACUCCAGCGCCGCUAUAGUGGAACACACAGGAACACUAUUUGAUUUCUCUACACUGAACCAAACACACUCAUUUAUUCACUAUAUUUCUUUGAUUCCUCAAUCAAACACUUUGUUCAUUAUGUAUGUGUACAUAUCAUGAGAAAGUGCAAUAAGAGCUAAAUAAAUUUCUGUCAUGGCUCCAUUUCAAUCACAAAUUUCAAAGGUUGUUUCAGGGAAUCUGCAUGUUCAUAAAAGUCUUUAAAAAGUGCUAAAUUAGCUCAGUGUGAGGCUACAAGAAGAGUGAAAUAGAGUAAAACCAAAUAAACGCAGGUCUUCACCAUCAAAUCCCACAAAUUCUUAACAUGCUGUUAAUGUAUGAGCAGCGUAUGAACACGUUUGAACAGAUGAGGAUUAAAAAGAUGUUUUUAUGAAACCUGCAGAUGUUCUGUUUUAACCAAAUUCUCUGUACUUGAUCAGUUUUGUGCUUCCUGUCAUGUGACCACUGAAACGCCACACUGUUCAAUCCAAAAUCUCCUUUCUCUUCCUCAUUUUUUCUCCAUUGAUCAAACCUGCAGCAGAGUGAAUGCAGCGUGAAGCCUGGAGUCAAGACGCUUCCAAAACAAUGACAUGAAUAACGAGCUGAUCUACGUGUUAAUAUAGCGACCGGAUGAUGAUAAUAAUGAAGCAUUAUUUUAUUUAUUUUAUUUUUCUUAUGUUUUUAAUAAUUGAUUAAUGACUAGCUGGUAAGUCGAGGGGAUGUAUAGAACUUUAGAUGUGAACCAUUUUGGCAAUGAAGUGGCAAAAUGGCAAACCUGCUGUAUAUACACGCAGUGCACAGUACAUAGAGACGUAGAGGUUUCCGUUUGUAGCAUGGACUGAUCAUGUUUGCGUCUGUCCGGCAGACGUGUGGAUAAAUGAAGUAUCUGAUGUACUGUUGUAAAAUAAAUGUUUCUGUUGCUUCG